GUAGUUGCAGUUGCGCCAUCUGUCAGGAGCGGAGCCGGCGGGGAGGGGGCUGCCGCGGGAGAGGAGGAGGGGUCGCCGCGAGCCGAAGGCCGUCGAGACCCGAUCGCCGACCGGCCGCGGGAGCUGAGGAGAGGCUGCACUCGGAGCCGCGCGUCCACCGCCGUCCGGGCGCGCGGCGCUUCAAGCCGAGCACCGAGGGUUCCCCGGGCUCACACAAAGCCGCCGCCCGCGCCUGGGAGGGAUCCGGCCGCCGGGCCGGGGACACCCGGCGCCGCCCCCUGGGCACUCUCAGAAGGCCCACCGGCUCCCGGGCCCGCCGAGGAACCACCGGAGCCGCUUCGGCCGCGCCGGAGGAGGGCGGGGAGAGGACCAUGUGAAUGGGCUCCGGAGCCUGAGCGCAGCGCAGUUUUUUGAAGAAGCAGGAUGCUGAUCUAGACGUGGAAAAAGACCAGUCCAGCAGCUGUAUUAGAAGACAUGUGGUAUAUAUAAAGUUUGUGAUCGUUGGGGGAAAUUUUGGAAUUUAGAUAAUGGGCUGUGUGCAAUGUAAGGAUAAAGAAGCAACAAAACUGACGGAGGAGAGGGAUGGCAGCCUGAACCAGAGCUCCGGGUACCGCUAUGGCACAGACCCCACUCCUCAGCACUACCCCAGCUUCGGCGUGACCUCCAUCCCAAACUACAACAACUUCCACGCAGCCGGGGGCCAAGGACUCACCGUCUUUGGGGGUGUGAACUCUUCGUCUCAUACUGGGACCUUGCGUACGAGAGGAGGAACAGGAGUGACCCUGUUUGUGGCCCUUUACGAUUAUGAAGCACGGACGGAAGAUGACCUGAGUUUUCACAAAGGAGAAAAAUUUCAAAUAUUGAACAGCUCGGAAGGAGAUUGGUGGGAAGCACGCUCCUUGACAACUGGAGAGACUGGUUACAUUCCCAGCAAUUAUGUGGCUCCUGUUGACUCCAUCCAGGCAGAAGAGUGGUACUUUGGAAAACUUGGCCGAAAAGAUGCUGAGCGACAGCUUUUGUCCUUUGGAAACCCAAGAGGUACCUUUCUUAUCCGUGAGAGUGAAACCACCAAAGGUGCCUAUUCACUUUCUAUCCGUGACUGGGAUGAUAUGAAAGGAGACCAUGUCAAACAUUAUAAAAUUCGCAAACUUGACAACGGUGGAUACUAUAUUACCACCCGGGCCCAGUUUGAAACACUUCAGCAGCUUGUACAACAUUACUCAGGUACCUGGAAUGGAAACACAAAAGUAGCCAUAAAGACUCUUAAACCCGGCACAAUGUCCCCUGAAUCGUUCCUUGAGGAGGCACAGAUCAUGAAGAAGUUGAAGCAUGACAAACUGGUCCAGCUCUAUGCGGUGGUGUCCGAGGAGCCCAUCUACAUUGUCACCGAGUAUAUGAAUAAAGGAAGUUUACUCGAUUUCUUAAAAGAUGGAGAAGGAAGAGCUCUGAAGUUACCAAACCUUGUGGACAUGGCAGCACAGGUUGCUGCGGGAAUGGCGUAUAUCGAGCGCAUGAAUUAUAUCCACAGAGACUUGCGGUCAGCAAACAUUCUCGUGGGGAAUGGACUAAUUUGCAAGAUCGCCGACUUCGGAUUGGCCAGGUUGAUCGAGGACAAUGAGUACACAGCAAGACAAGGUGCAAAGUUCCCCAUUAAGUGGACAGCCCCCGAAGCAGCCCUGUACGGGAGGUUCACGAUCAAGUCUGACGUGUGGUCUUUUGGAAUCUUACUUACAGAGCUGGUCACCAAAGGAAGAGUUCCGUACCCAGGCAUGAACAACCGGGAGGUGCUGGAGCAGGUGGAACGCGGCUACAGGAUGCCCUGCCCGCAGGACUGCCCCAUCUCCCUCCAUGAGCUCAUGAUCCACUGCUGGAAAAAGGACCCCGAAGAGCGGCCCACUUUCGAGUACUUGCAGGGCUUCCUGGAAGACUACUUCACCGCGACAGAGCCCCAGUAUCAGCCUGGUGAAAACCUGUGAGACCUGGGUCUGCCGCGAGAGGCCUGGUCCAAGAGGCUUCCCCGCCCCCUCCCCAUUAGCUUUCAAUUCCGUAGCCAGCUGCUCCGAGCAGAGCAGCGAGAACUGUCCAGGAUCAGAUUGCAUGUGACUCUGAAGCUGACGAACUUCCAUGGCCCUCAUUAAUGACACUUGUCCCCAAAUCCGAACCUCCUCUGUGAAGCAUACGAGACAGAACCUUGUUAUUUCUCAGACUUUGGAAAAUGCGUUGUAUCGAUGUUAUGUAACAGGCCAAACCUCUGUUCAGUGUAAAUAGUUAUUCCAGUGCCAACGAUCCUAGUGCUUUCCUUUUUUUAAAAUGCAAAUCCUAUGUGAUUUUAACUCUGUCUUCACCUGAUUCAACUAAAAAAAAAAAGUAUUAUUUUCCAAAAGUGGCCUCUUUGUCUAAAACAAUAAAAUUUUUUUUCAUGUUUUAACAAAAACCAACCAGGACAGGUGUUUGUUUUUUUUUCUUUUUUAUAAAUAUGAAUGUAUAUAAUAUAUACAUCCCUGUACAUACACCAUGUGGGUGCUAACGUGGAGACCGUGGCCGAUGUGGGCCACAGAGCUUCGGGACCCAGAGUGAGGAUUUGACUGGAAAAUCAACAUAAAAGCACCAGUGUUAUUCUGAAAACCAGUGGCCUCCUUCUUUGGCUUUUGCAAAACAUGAUUUGAUUUUUUUUUUUUUUUUUAAUUUGGAUGGCACUUUUCUGGUUCAUGACUGUGCCUGUAGAUGGCUGUUACUUUGACUCUUUUCAGCAGCCCCCCGAGCUGAAUUCACAAGUUCUGUUUCCAGUAUUUGCUUCGACUUACGAUUUGUUCUUGAAACUUAAAAGUGAGCCUCUUUAAAGCAAGCAAGUGGCCAAUACUACCAGGGGGACUAGAAGAUGGAUAUCACACAAACUUCUUGUAUAAAACAUGAAUGCUGAAAUGUUUCCAACUUUUUUAAUUUAAUAAACCUUGUAACCACAUUUAAAUGGUCUGAAACCCAUAGCACUGUAGUCAUGGCAACCUGCUAAACUUUCUCAUUCAACUAACCCUUACGGGAAGGUGAGGGUGGGAGGUCGUACAUUUCCCAUUGUAAAAUAAGUGUUUGAAUGUCCUGUACUGCUAAUGAAAUGACUUUCUCUAUGUCCAAGGGUCCUCCAGUGAAAUAACUAUGCACUACUUUACAUCUCAUGGGGAUGCCCAAAAAAAAAGUGUUACAUUUUUAGUCGCUGUUUGUACCAACCUUGAAUUACGUAUGUUUAACAACAAAUCAAAAACUCUAUUUCUACUGAGUUUUUAAUACUGAGUGGCAACUCUGAAGUC